GUUCUACAAGCUGACAGUACCCUGCACUUACAUCAACGUUAUGAGAACUAUCCGGAAUCAAAAUUCCUGCUCAAAUAUUUCUUAAACUUAUUUUAUUAUGCGACAGAAUUAGCAUCUUUCUUUUACAAUGACUACAGCGGAGUCUUUGCGCGCUCAAAUUGCUCAGAAGCGAGUAGAGCUGCAAGACCUAGAGUCACAGCUUGAUCAAGUUGAGAAAACGUCAAAUAGUGUCCCAAAAAAACCCGAAGACUGGAAAUGGCCACUGCUUCCAGAAGAAUACAAUAGAUAUAGCAGACAAAUGAUUGUGCCGAAUUUUGGACUCCAAGGACAAGAGCGCAUACGAGAAGCAAGAGUUCUUUUAGUUGGGGCUGGCGGUCUUGGAUGCCCUGCCGCUGCAUACCUUGCUGGUUGCGGAGUUAAGAAAUUAGGCCUUGCUGAUGCCGAUGAAGUCGAAGUGUCCAAUUUACACAGGCAGAUUGCACAUUCGACUGAAAGAGUUGGUAUGAGCAAAGUUCUCAGCGCCAUUACCUAUCUUAAACAAUUAAACCCCACCGUUACAUAUCAAGCACAUACAACACAUCUUACGCCGCAAAAUGCUGAAGAGAUCGUCUCGCAGUAUGAUCUUGUCUUGGACUGCACAGAUCACCCGACAUCUCGCUAUCUUAUCUCGGAUAUAUGUGUUUUGCUAGGCAAACCACUAGUAUCCGCAUCGGCCUUCCAAACAUCAGGACAGCUACUUGUUCUGAACAGUCCUCCCGGAGCUGGUCCAUGCUACCGUUGCAUCUUCCCAAAGCCUCCUCCUCCAGAGAGUGUCGUUGGCUGCGGAGAGGGUGGAAUUGUUGGACCAGUCGUUGGCGUUAUGGGUGUCUUGCAAGCGAUGGAAGCUAUAAAACUUAUGAUUCGAGGAGGACAUCUACCGCAAGAGAGCCCGGAGCCGGUUGAUCGCAUAUCUAUGCUUCUGUAUAGUGCCAUGGCAGACACACCAUUCCGCACCGUUCGGAUGCGAGGCAAGCGGGCCGAUUGCUUUGCAUGCUCAGGACCCAACGCUCAACUGACACUUGAUAGCCUGCGCAACUCCUUAGACUAUGUUCAAUUCUGCGGAGUUGUGCAGCCAGUCAACGAGCUUGCUGCCGAGGAACGAGUUUCAGCUGUUGAGUUGAACCGUUUACGGACGACGGGAGAUACGAAACCGUUGCUAAUCGACGUCCGAGGGAAAGAGCAAUUCAGUGUGGCUAACAUUGAAGGUUCCCUCAAUCUUCCCAUUAAUACAGUUAUGGGCCAUCGAGUUGAGAAAGGAAAGCCAGAUUCAUGGAUCCCGCAAAACACCGACGCAAAUGCGCCUAUUUAUAUUAUUUGCAGGGUUGGCAACGACUCACAGCUGACAGUUAGAAAACUCAAAGAAUUGGGGUUUGACGAAGGAGGAAAGCGGUAUAUCGGAGAUAUAGAAGGGGGUUUGCAAGCAUGGAAGAAGGAUAUCGACCCAUCGAUACCUUUCAUUUAAGCACAAUUAGUUUAGAACAUAGAGGAGCAUAGAUAAAAACAUAAUGAAAAUUUGCACUGUCGACCUGACAAGAGGAGUUGGUAUGGCUAUAGAUACAACGGCAUAGGUUUUCCCCAUGCAAGAACAAUUACAGUACGGAACGUUUCUUAGAAGACCAUAUCUUGCUUACAUUAAGCGCCAUGGCGUCUCUCCGCAUAAGUAGCCUUUCCCAAUACACUACAAUCUUUUGCUCGUUUCCUUUGGCACCCGCUUUAAACGAAAGCAGCGGUCUUCUUUCUGUUGAAGGCACGCUGAUCCUUGAGCCAUCUGCGGUAUCCAGCAACGCUCUGAAUCUUUUCGCCGUAGAAAUCGGGAACUAUUAUCAUCUAGAGUUAACAUACACAUCGCUUUCUAGCAAGGUACUGCGUAUUCAACAUACCUGGGUUUCCAGCGCUCGAGUUGGAAGGGUCAACACGGUUCUUCUUCACUCUGGCAAAGAAUUCGCUUUCCUUUUGCAGCAUCUGCGACUUGUAUCGUCUGUUCAUGAAGUAGAAGAUCUGGCUGCCAAUGGAAGGGCCCACGAGCCAUCCGAGGCCAGCGCAAGCGACAGUCAUCAGACCAAGGGUGACAAACGGGUCAAGGGGAACCUGAGCAACGAGGGGCUCAGCAAGACCAGUGGACAAGAGGAUAGCACCUCCUGCACCACCGACCAGACCCAUUGUGACAGAGAAGAAGAGUUGGAUGCGUCGGCGCUUGACACGGAGCUGGAAGAAGGAGUUCCAAUCGAGCGAGGCACUGGCAGCAGAGGCCUUGGCAGCAGCAGCGGCAGCGGUAUCGUUGAGCUUGGAGGUUGUGCUAGUAAAGUAUCGGCCGGACGAGGCGAGAGGCGAGGCGCCAAGCGCCUUUCCAGCGCGGAGGCACGAGACAGCAGGGAUGCGGAAGCUGAUGGUAUGGUUGGCGCGGGAGAAGGAUCGUGAAGCCUCAAGCAUCUGGGUAGCAGCAGGGCGCUUAGCUUGGCAAAUGGUCGAGAAGGAGGAUCGGGGACACUGCGCGGCAAAACCAGAUGAGGUCGUCUGGCGUGCGGCGAUGGUGGGAGCUGGCCAGCGCAUCGCCAGCGUCUUCAUAGGGGCAGCCAUUGGCGCGGUGGACGUGUUUGGCGCGAUAUCAGUAUCGUUCGAAUGUCGAGUUUGACUGCGAGAUUCAAUUGCCGGUAAGACGCUGGGGUCGUUAUUCUUGGCGCGCGAUCGGUCACAGCGGUUGUCGAAGAAGUUGGGGCCGCGAGGGUUGUUCG